GGUGUUCAUUACUUGUAGUGAAAGUGUAAAGUUCCGCACGACUGAAAAACAUGGAGGUGUCCUUUAUGUCAAUUAUCGAGAUAAGUGGGAAAGAGUAUGUCCAUUUAAUCAUUCCCAAAACUUAAAGCUCUGUGAAGAGAUUGAUAAAGAGACCCCUAGCACCUCUACGGAAAUCAAACAGGUCAACUUAGAAACAACACUGGAGUUCACUGAUGUUACCAUGGAUGUCAGGCGCUCUGUCAAAAGAAGUUCCUGUGAAAGCACUAAUCAAGUUAAAAUAUAUUGUCCCGACUAUGAAACACUGACUACCGCACCACCAACCCCACCACGUCCGCCUAUACCCACAGGACCUAUUAUCGUGGGUGUGAUAUUUCUUCUUGUUGUAGUGAUCUUGAUUUCUUCAUUUAUACGAAUGUAUGUCAGGAGAGUCAGGGAGUCCAGAGCUUUAGCAAGAAUGCUGCCAGGGAAAGACAUGGAGUUUGAAAGUGGAGAUUAUGAGGACAUCAUGGACAAAGACAAUGAGAUGGAAGACUUCAGUCGUGGCAGAUUCAGAUCUGAGACUGAAUUUGUCUCAGAAAAUGAUGGGCGGAGUGUUUCCUCUUUACCUUAUGAUGAUAUUGAUGAAGCAGAUGAGGCUCGACCCCUGACCUUUCCGGCCACUACUGCUCCUGCUGCCCAAGACAUCAACGUUCCUGAAGACGGGGUAACCUACGAAGUGGAAGAUCCACAGGAGAGUUAUGAUGACAUUGAUACAAUCCCUGAAACUGCACAGACUACAGCAGAGAUCCACGACAGCCCUGAAACACCACAUGACUUAAACACAGCAGCCCCAGGAUUGGUGAAGAGGGAUGAGGACUACCUAGAGCCAGAUCAAGACAAACUGUGAUGCCAUUUCCACUACAGUUAGAGAGAAAGAGAAAAG